AUGAGAUGGCUGGAGAUGAGGAACUGUCGCAAAUUGAUUUUGAAAGUUCGCUCAAGGAGGGAAAAAUCUUUAAAAGACAUGAGAACCAUUAUGGAUAGGAUUAAAACAAUGGAUACCUUCCAAACAAAAAUUGACCAUGAACUCCUUCUCUCGCUUCGUGAUCUCUGUAAAUCAAUACAACUAGGGGACGUAUCAGCAAGCUACGUACUGCAUGCCUACAUGGAGAAAGCUUUGGAAGCCACAACAAAAUUCAACUGUAUCACGGAAUUUCUUCCAGAAUGCCAAACACAACUCUUGGAAUUGGAAGAUAAGAAGGAGGGAUUACUGUACGGAAUCCCCAUCAGCAUCAAGGAGAAUAUUAGCCUCAAGGGUCAUGAUUCAACUUGUGGACUUAAGAAGUUUAUAAAUAAACCUGUCGAUGAAGAUUGUGUAAUAGUUCAGGUGUUGAAGAAACAAGGAGCAAUUCCGUUUGUGAAAACCAAUGUUCCUCAGACAUUAUUUAGCUACGAAUGCAGCAAUCCUAUUUAUGGCCAAACCGUCAACCCGUUAAACGUCAAGCGGACACCUGGUGGGUCAUCAGGUGGGGAGGCUGUCCUGAUCGCGGCAGGGGGCUCCAUCCUUGGAAUUGGAACCGAUGUUGGUGGCAGCAUACGCUUUCCAGCUGCAUUCUGUGGAAUCUGUGGCUUCAAACCAACGGCAAACCGAUUAAGCAAAAGGGGUUUGACAGUAAAUACAUCUGGACAGAGAACGGUUGAAUCGUCUGUUGGCCCACUAGCCAGGGAUGUGGAUAGCUUGGCAUACUGCAUGAAGGCUCUGUUGUGUGAGGAAAUGUUUGAGUUGGACCCCACUGUGCCACCCAUUCCCUUUGAUGACAUGAUCUAUGCUGAUACCAAGCCACUGAAGAUAGGUUUCUUUGAAAGCGAUGGAUAUUGGAUCCCCUCCCAGAGCAUGAAGCGUGCCGUGUUGGAGACUAAACAACUGCUGACGGAUGCUGGGCACACGUUAAUAUCAUUUACGCCUCCAAGAACGUUCUAUGCAAUGAAUGAAAUAAUAUUUCAGGGGCUUCUUGCGGACAGUGGUGCUACAUUCCUGGAAAACCUUAAAGGAGACAUUAUCGAUCCACAUUUAAGAACUCAAGUAUCUACGUACUCUAUGCCUAGUUUACUGAAAAAGCUCUUGUAUUUUUUUCUGAAGCCUUUUAGUCCCAGAGUUGCAGCUGGCUUCAGGGCAACAGGAGGAAUAGGGUCAGUUAAGGAACUAUGGAAACACCACGUUGCAGUAACGGCAUACCGUGAAGAAUAUAUGAAUGCUUGGAAACACCAGAACAUUGAAGUUUUACUCUGUCCAUCAAUAGGACCUGCAUUUAAUAUCGGAUAUGCAGGAAAAUUGUCAGCCGCAUCCAGCUAUAUGGUUAUUUUCAACUUGUUAAAUUUUCCUGCGGGUGUUGUGCCAGUCACCAAAGUAACAACAGAAGAUGAAAAAGAGCUGAUGAAUUAUACUGGUUACCAAAAUGAUAUUUGGGACAAAACUUUCAAGAAGGCUGUGGCAGGAGGUGUUGAUCUUCCUUUAGCUGUGCAGUGUGUGGCCCUGCCCUGGCAAGAUGAACUCUGUCUUCGUUUCAUGAAGGAGGUGGAAAGACUCGUCAAGUUAAAGAAGAUUAUCUAACCACUUCUGGAAGAGUACAAUAAUUUGUAGAAUACUCUAAGUUACAUAUAGAGCAAGCUUUCUUCUGAGAUGAUUUUAAAGUUAUUUAGUGUCAAUGAGCCAGCUCUUCCAUUUACAAUUGCACUUCCACUAUUAGGACAUUUGUGUGAAUGAUGUUGGGGAAUUAUCUGCUUAAAGUCAACUCAGCAGCUUCUCACAAUCAAUAUUUUUUGGAUGAUAAUGUAGCACUUAGUAUUUAAACAAAGUAAUUUCAGAAGUAUACCAAAUAAA